AUGUCAGGUCUCGAAAUUCUUGGGGCUGUUGCGAGCUCUAUCGCUCUAGCCCAAGCGGUCAAAGGGACACUCAAGGCUGUCGACUUCUUGCGGCAGAACUCCAAGAUGACGAAGGGGUGCAACAAGUUAAGGAAGGAGAUUCUCAUGAUUGAAUACUUCAUUCUACAGGCCAAGGAGCAGACCGACCUGAUGAUGCCAGCGCAACGGCUCGUUGGAACAAUAGCAGAACAUCCACUAGUCUCAUUCACAACACAGGAACUCGAGGAGAUAUUGGAAGAACUGUCUGAAAUUGUGGAAAAAUACUCGUGUUCUACCAAGCUCCAUGAUCCAAAGCGCUAUACAAAUAAGGUGAAGUGGUUCUCUGAGGCUAGUAAGAUCGAAGAGCUUCACCAAAGAGCACAGGCUACAAAAUCCAACCUUCACAUGGCUAUCACAUUUCGAGUUUCUUCUAUGGUGGACAGAGGGAAUGUGCGACAAGAAGUGCUCUUUCACCGCGUCACCCAGCAGUUGACAUACUGCACACAAGAAACCCGUAACGCGGUUCAAAGCCUACCUCAAACACCUAAAGAACCUCGUCAAAUAAUGGAACGUGUCGCUGACAUGUCGAGUCUACCAUUGAAACAUACUGGUAGAGAUGGUGUUGUCGCUAUCGAAGAAGAGAGCCUCAUAAGCGUGAGGGCAAUUCGACCCCUUGGUUCGCGACCAUGUGGAACUUGCCACAAAAGUCGACUAAAGCACAGCGGUACAUGGCCAAGUUCCCUGUUGGGAUCAUGGCUCGUCAAAUACAAAGAUACUCCAACUUCUUGCCAAGGGACGUGCGGAUCCAACUCUGGUGUUGAGUUCGAGUAUCAUCUCCCAAAGUGGCUCUGGUCUGGUAUCCUUUCAUUUGAAGCAUACCGUGGGCAGGCCAUUAAUUUCGCCCUGCGCCCUGCAAGGGAUCUUCCCGUCUCAGAUUGGCAGACUAUCAAGUACCCUCAUUUGUUGCAAACUCGUCUUAGUGAAGGAUACGUGUAUUUCCCAGACGACACUGUUGGGUCAGUGGCAUCUUAUAGUCCAGAAAGUAUUGAGAUUCUUUUGAAGCUGUGGGAGAAUAUCCUACCAUGUCAGGGACUGCCAAGACAGACCGGUCACUAUAUCGAGAAAUGCGGAUCGCAAUCUGGGAGCAGGUUGAACACAGCGAUAGGCAAAGUAAUGGCGUUUGUCAACGACUGGGACGAUGUGGGCUUGACCAAACUUCACAUAGCCGCAACGAAUGGUGAUGUGAUGUCAGCACUACGAGAGGAACCAUGGGCGAUUGAACAGUUUGACGAAGAAGGCAAGUCUCCCCUUCACUCUGCAGUACUUAACAACAACCUCAAGGGACUCGAGCAACUAAUACAAGCCGGGGCUGAUAUCAACCACCGAGAUGCUUUUGGUUGUACUCCUCUGAUGGCCAGCACAUUCAGUGGGUACGAAUUGAUAGCACAGAAGUUACUGGAGUACCAGGAGUGUCGAAUUUGGAUUGAUAAAGUCAGUGACGAAGGUCAGACUGCGCUGCACUAUGCUAUAGAAAGACCUUGCUCCAAAUGUGUCUGGUUAUUACUCGAUGCUGGAGCGUCUACGUCAAAGCUCACCAGCAACAAUGAAACUUGUCUGCAUGUCCUUGCAGGCUCUUAUGAUUCGAGUCCGCAGGCAACUGUUGAGAUAUUCUAUCAUCUUCGAACUCGGGGAUUUAACUUGGAAGCGAGGGAUAGACAUGGGGCAACACCAAUCUUGAAUGCGAUAUGGAGCGGAAACGUCACCGUGUUCAACACUCUUAUCAGUGCUGGCGCGUCAUUGAACGUCAGCAAUUCAAGUCGCCAAAAUAUUCUUUGGGCAGCUGCACGUACCGAUGACUACAGAAUCAUCGACCACCUUGCAAAGCAAAACCUGGAGAACAUCGAUCCCCAACUGUUAGAUCUCACACUCAGAACGACUGCUCUUGGGAGCUUAUAUUGGUUCCUGGCAGAACCUUACCAAAUAAUAGUCGAUGGACGUCCAAGCCCUGAUGAUCAACAAGCUUUCAUCGGACUCUAUUUCAAGUUAUUAAUCCGAGAUUUGAAGCGUCUUAUGUCAACUCUGAAGGAGGUUUGUUCUGCCACGGCAGAAAAGGACGCUGGUGCUACAACAGCUCUACUUGAUAUACUUAUCAAGAAGAAUGAGACCAGUUUUAGACAUGAACAAGCUGGUUGGUAUAGGGGCCUGCAGGUUUAUGUCAAGGACGGCAAGUGGGAUCAAUUGGUAGAGGCUGUAAAUGAGGAGUAUGAUGAGACAUCUGAAAAGCUUUGGCGGGCGCACCUUGCAAGAGGAAAGACAAUUUGGGAGCCCGAGAUGCGUGAAUUUUUCCACGUUCAAGGAUUGAGUUAA